AACUUGUGCGUGCGAAAUUUAUCACCAUGCUUCGGUUUCAUGAUAAUCAAUUAAUCUCAUCGAAUCACGCGAGUCCUUUUUAUACAUAAUUGUAGCUUUUGUACCGUUCGACGUCGUUGAUUGUAACGUAAGAUUUGUGGUGAGAAAAGAAAGAAAAUCGAGAAAUAGGAAAAAGAUAGAAAAACAAAAAAAAAACAAGGAGAGAUGAGAAGAAGAAGAGAUAAUACUUAACAUAUAAAUUACUCUAAGAAUUUAAUUAGGUUUAUAUUUUCAGUCGAAUAAAAAUUAUUUUCAAUCAACUUGCACCGUGUUAAUCUUCUUCCGCGACGAUGCGUUCGUGUCUUGUAUAAUAGAGAGAGAGAAAAGAAAUUAUUUGAAAUAACUACUCUUCGUUAUCAUGUUUAUAAUUAUUAAUUAUUAAUUAGCACAGGUAUAGUAAGCUUUACGUGUGUUCUCUCUCUUUCAGUAAUUUGUUACGCAUUGUUACAGUUAAACGUCGAUUAUCCGGCACGAUUAGGUCUGUGUUAUCAUCACAAUAAUAAUAACAAAUAAUAAUAACAACAACAACAACAACAACAACCUAUGUAACGUCACAAGAAACAUCUUAGACAUAUUUAAUGCAUGAAUACUAAUAAUAAACGUAUGCAUUUAUAUCAACGUUUCAUCAUUUCUAAACUUUAUCGCGAAUCCGAUCAUGUUUUUCAUUCGAAUCGAGAUAAUCGACUGUUUCUGUACUUUGAAUAUAAUUUCAGGUUAAAAUUUCACUUAUUCAUUUUUUUUUUUUUUUUUUUUUUUCGAAUAAUUACAAUGUAUUCAUUUUACUUAAUACUGUAAUGUAACGCGUUUAUCGAUUUCUUUUUUAUUUUUACUUUCUUUUACAUUCUUCAUCGAAAUGUGUGAUAGAACAUUUUCAAGUUAUUUAAUAUUUUAAUUUCUUUUUUCUUCAUCGAACAUUGACCUACAUUAACGUCGUUCGAUUGCGCGCGCGCACGUUUGUAUUUGUUACAUUUGUACGGGCGUACUGAUUACUCUUAUAAAGUCAUUUAAUCAUCCUUCGCUUAUAAAUAGUCAUUACAAGAGAGCAUGGAUCUAAAUAAUUGUAAUAAUUCUCUUGAUUAUAUCAAAAAGAGCGGAUAAGUAUUUACAAAUCGCAAUAAUAGCGACUUUUCAGGUAUAUAUAUAUAUACAUACAUACAUAUAUACGUCUAAUGUCUUAUUUACCUAAUAUUGAUAUUUUCUUUAAUCAUUAAUGCAUCGUUUAUAACCUAACAAAAAUUCCGAAGGAACGGUAUUUCCUUCCUAUUUUGAUUAAACGUGAUUAAUGAUUUGAAAGGGUCAAUCAACACUUGUGCGUUCUUUCAACCCAAUCAAUAAGAGAUUAUCAUAGAAAUAGAUCAUUGUCUAUCCUGUUAAUAGGCGUGAAUCUGAUUCGACGUAUCAUAUCCGGUAGAUGGCGUAUCGCUGAAAAUUGUUGGUAAGCUGGGAAGAUAUAAAAUCUACGUAUAGAUGGCAGCACUGGAUGAACGAUAAAAAGCACACAUUAUUUGGCAGGUAUCUCGUCCGAAAAAUCGAUAUGAAUCUAAUAAGGAGACAAAGAAAAAGAAAAAUAAACGAUUUAUGGUAUUUGUUCUGUUACAACAAGUCAAAAUGUCAUUAGAUCUUCGAAUCGUUAGAAAUUUAUUUUUCAUUAAAAAUUAAAUAAUCUUUCGUUUUCAUAAAGGUUAACAAAGGUUUGAAGGGAAGGUAAUGAAGAUAAUAAAAAAUUUGAUGCAACUUUGAAAAAAAAGAGGUUAUCGUUUAAUACUUUGAUAUUUUCACUGAUUCGACAUGUCUAAGUCAUGAUCGGUUUUGGUGAAGUCGCUCUUGUAUACCAUCAUCGUUGGAAAAAUACAAAACGAUAGUUUAACGUCAAUGACACGUAUGUGGUUGUAAUAAAAAAAUCUACUACACGUUCCUCCAUAUUGCACGCAAGUUCGGUCAAGAUGCCAGAACAAAAUUCGAGCGACCAAUAUUCAACGUUGGUUGGUCUGAUAUAUAUCUUUAAUCUUAUUGUGGGAACAGGAGCUUUGACUCUUCCAGCUGUUUUCAGCAAAGCAGGAUGGGCUCUUGGUUUCAGUGUAAUUUUGAUAUUAGCUUUUAUAAGCUUUAUGACGGUUACCUUUGUUAUCGAAGUAAUGGCAUCUGCCAAUGCAAUAGUUACAUGGAGGCAAAUUCAACAUCGAAAACGUGCAAUGCAAACGUUGGGUGAAUCUUGCCCUUCCAAUUCUGAUUCAGAAGAUACACCAUUAGUUACUGCUUAUACAGCUAGUCCAGAUCGAUUGGAUACAACUUAUCGGUAUUAUAUAAUUCAUGAUAAGAUAGAGAUGGGACAAAUAGCAUCAAUUUUUUUCAAUAAGUUCGGCACCACCUUAUUUUAUUUGUGUCUUGCUAUUUAUUUAUAUGGCGAUUUAAGUAUUUAUGGUGCAGCUGUAGCUAAGUCAAUAGCAGAUGUUGCUUGUACUUAUCAACCGAAGAACUUAACGUGUAACGACACUAUACCAGAUAAUGAAGUUUGUUGGGAAGGUUCUGCUUUGGAUCGAUUGGAUGCAUAUAGGAUGUUUCUUACUACUUUUAUCUUUAUGCUAGGACCUUUCGUAUUUUUCAAUGUACAAAAGACCAAGUAUCUUCAGUUAUUAACUUCGGCAAUGAGAUGGCUCGCAUUUACUAUCAUGAUCGUUUAUGCGGUAAGAAAACUUGCUAUCGACGGCCCAAAAGGCAAUCCACCGGUUGCAAAUAUAUUAGGAAUUCCUAGUCUCUUCGGUGCUUGCGUAUAUUCGUUUAUGUGUCAUCACUCUUUGCCUGCGUUGGUUGCUCCGAUUGCAAAUAAAUCUACGCUUAAUCGGUCUCUUGCAUUGGAUUACGUAUUAAUAGCAUCUUUUUAUCUUUUACUUGCGCUGACCGGAGCGUUCGCUUUCGAGCAUCUCGAUGAUCUUUAUACUUUGGAUUUCGGGCCACGCGGAUCAGGAGAUUGUUCUAAAAGCACAAACAUCUUUAUGCUUAUCAUCGAAUAUUUUUUGGCACUUUUUCCAGUAUUCACUCUGAGCACAAGCUUUCCCAUAAUAGCUAUUACGCUCAGAAAUAAUUUACAGUCUUUGUUUUUAUACGAUGAUACGUCUUAUAAUUUUUGUCUUCGAAAAUUGAUCUUCCCUAUUUUAGCUAUACUGCCGCCUUAUUUAAUCGCUAUGAGCACCAAAGAUCUCUCUAAAUUAGUUGGCAUUACAGGAUCGUAUGCUGGCACUUGCAUUCAAUAUUUAAUUCCUACUUUCUUGGUUUAUUAUGCUAGAAAAAAGACAAAUAAAAUCAUUGGCCUUGGUGUCACUAACAAAUUUGCCAGUCCCUUUUCAAGCAAUUUCUGGCUUAUCUUUGUAACGGUAUGGGCAAUCGCGUCUAUGUUUUUAGUAUCAGUUAAUUUCAUACAAAUUUAUUUUCAAGCAGCAUGGCUAAAUCAGUAGCACCUAAAUUUUCCAUAUAGAUUGUGCAUAUAGAUCUCUAAGAUCAAGAUGUACGAUAAAUUAUUAAGAUUUUCGAGUAUACUGUUCGUGUACGUGAAAAAAAUGAAAACGUGUUGUUUCUGUAUCAUGAUAUUUCAUGGCGUAAGUUCCUGAUACAGGAACUGUACUAAAAAUUAAUGAUACAUAACUAUUAAUUUAAGGAAAAUAUCAGUAUAUGAUGGUGUUGUUAGAGAGGAUGGAUUAUUGUACUAAAUCAAAGCAAAUAAGAGUUAAUUUUGAUUAGUUUCAAACUAGUUAAGAAAAAGUUCUGCUUUUCUUAAUGCGAGUGAAUGAAUAGUUUAUGGCACAGAGCGGGUUCGCAUGUGUUGCAAAAAAAUGACAAUACUUUGGCACAAGUCAAGAUUGACAUUGUACAAGCCAAAUUGAUAAGUGUAAAAAUUGAAAUUUUUUUCUACAAUAUAUCAAUUAACUUUAAUCGCUGUAAUGUAGCAUGUAUUUAAAUGUUGAUGUCUAUUCUAUGUAAAGAAGUCUUUCAAAUAAGUGAUAAUUAAAUGACAAAGAUUUAUAGUACGGGCGGUAUCAAAAUAUGGAUAAAAUUUAAAGAGAAAGUAAUUAUUAAAUUUGUUUAACAUUCAGAGAUUCUAUUAUAACUCAUUGUAGUCUUUAUUUAUGUCUCUUUCAAUAUAUACAUUUCACUUUUGCAAAUUUGUAUCAGAUGUUUCACUGAUUAUAACAGUGUUAAAGGCCAAGAGUGAGCAAGUAAAUGGAGUUAAUCGUUAAUGUAUUAUAAUUUAGUUAUACAAUGGUAUAUUAUUAUAUAUAAGUCUUAAGAUAAUAGUACAGAAAUAUUUUUAUAUAAAUGUAAAACUGCCAAAAAAAGUACAGAUAGUAUGUUUGAAAUACUUUGUACCUGUACAAAUGUAGCGUACAAUAAACAAAAAAUGCAUAUAUAUUUUCGAAAAAGCAAUGCAAACGAAAAUAAAUAUAUAAUUGAUUGUACAAGUUUAUUUAGAUUUAUUUAUAUGCAUAUAUACAUAUAUCACUAUCUUAUAUAUUUAUAUUAUUUUAUAGUUCGUAUUAUAAUAGACUCGAGUGUGACAGACUUUUAACACAGAUAGAAUUCUCUUUAAAAUUCCAACAACACAAGGUAGCACAGUUAAAGCACGUAACCGUUCAAUUCAGAAAUCUUAUAAAUUGGUUUUAAUUGCAUUGAAAACAUAUAGAAUAACCAAAGUGCAAGAUUUCUGCAAACGGCCGAACAUUCGCGCACAUUUAUCACAAUGUAACAUUUUACAAAAACGCACAAUAUUUUACAAUCACACAGGACAGAAAAAAAAUAUAUAUACGUCAUAUUGAGAUAAUAUAAAAUAUUACGAAUAUAUAUGUAUAGAUAAUUCACAGCCUAUGAGGCAUGAACAGAUUUCUUAUAUAACACGAGAACGCAGAUAUUGAAUU